UUUUUUUUUUGAGUGCAAAGAAUCGGGGGUUGGUGUCAGACUGUAAUUGAAUUUGUAUUUUUUAUUAUUUUUUUUUGCGAGGACUCUGCACGAAUGCCAUGGAGCGCAUUUCGGAGCAGCCGUGGAAUUCCUCGUACACCUACCAGGUGAGUAAACACAGCGACGAGAUGCUUCACAACCUCAACGACCAGAGGAAAAAUGGAGGAAGGUUUUGUGAUGUGAUCCUGCGGGUCGGGGAAGACAGCUUCCCGGCUCACAAAGCCGUGCUGGCGGCCUGCAGCCAGUACUUCGAGUCGGUGUUCAGCUGUCAGGCGGAAGGGGGCGGCGAGACCAAAGAGCUGGAGAUGCACACGAUCAGCGCCAAAGUUUUUAAGGACAUUUUAGACUUCGCGUACACUUCGAAGAUUGUCGUCAGACUCGAGUGCUUCCCAGAGCUAAUGACAGCCGCCAAGUUUCUUCUGAUGAGGUCCGUGAUUCGGAUAUGCCAGGAGGUCAUCAAGCAAUCCAAUGUGCAGAUUCUGGUCCCGCCGGCUAGGGGUGAUCUCGCUCUGCUCCGAACCGGGGCGCCCGAUCUGGGGUUUCCAUUGGACAUGUCAAAUGGGUCCGUGUUCGGGACCAAUGGACAGGCGCACGACGGCGACGUCAACACCCAAGCGAGCGGCGGGCUUUCCUUGACAGACAGUAGCCCAUCUGCGAUACCCCCGGGUCUGCAGGGGGCUGAACGGAUUCCCGUGACGUCCCCGCAGCUGCUUGUGGCGAAUCCGUUUCAAAACGCGGCGAGCGGCGCCGCUCCGGUUGGAGCGGGAGGGAAGCGGGGCAGAGGGCGACCCAAGAAGAUCCCGGCGGUGGAUCCCAUGCUGUUCGGCGGCCCAACCGUUUCAAAAGAGCAGGGGGUCUUCCCCUGCGGGCUCUGCGGAAAGCUGUUCACCGACGGCGUUCGGCUCAGGAACCACGAAGCCCAGCACGGCGCUCCCAGCAUCAGCCUCCACAGCAUGGGCAUCUCCGCCACGCAGCAACCGCGGCCGGGAGAAAACGGGGUUCCGAUCCACAUCGGGGUCGCAGACGGCACUCGGAAGCGGGAGAGGACCCGGAGGCACGUCGGGUGCGACAUUUGCGGGAAGGUGUUUCGGGACGUCUAUCACCUGAACCGGCACAAGCUCUCUCACUCCGGGGAGAAGCCCUACGCCUGUCCGGUUUGCGGGCUGCGUUUUAAGAGGAAGGACCGGAUGUCUUACCACGUUCGGUCUCACGACGGCUCGGUCGGGAAACCCUACGUGUGUCAGACCUGCGGCAAAGGAUUCUCCAGGCCGGACCACCUAAACGGACACAUCAAGCAGGUGCACACCUCGGAGAGACCCCACAAGUGUCAGGUUGAAGAGGUGAAAGGCCAUGGCAGUAAUGACUAUAACGCUUUUUGUGUUAAUCUCUUGAAGACCUGCAAUGCCUCCUUCGCCACGAGGGACAGGCUGCGCUCCCACCUGGCGUGCCACGAGGAUAAAAUCCCGUGCCAGGUGUGUGGCAAGUUCCUGCGGGCCGCCUACAUGACGGACCACCUAAAGAAGCACAGCGAGGGUCCGCACAACUACUGCAACAUCUGCAACAAAGGUUUCUCCACUGCUUCCUACCUAAAGGUCCAUGUUAAAAGCCACCACGGUGCCGCCCUCCCCGGCAGCCCCCACUUUACUGAGCAGAGGGAUGAGCCCCAGAACGGGGGCGCGGCCUUCCACAUGGGCAGGACUUGUGCUGUCGAAGACUUUUGUGCCAGUCGGAGGCUGCUGGUCAGUUUCCCUGAAGCAGAGGUGCGUUUCCGAGGGCUGCCUGCCCCGGACCCGCCCACGCUGCCCUUCUGCCCUCCUCCCAUUGGCUUCCAGCCCGAGGUGUUGCUGGGGAAACCUGGCGCUCAGUAUUUUUGGGAGUGCCGGGCGGCCGGCCUGCCUGGGCGUCACGCAGACGGACAAGAGGACCUCCAGAAAUGCCCCCACCAAGACCCGCAGGACAGCUCGGACAACUCCUUCGGGGAGCUGUCUGACGGGAGCGAUCUCAAGUCUCACCACAAGGUGGAGGAAGAGAGCCUCUCGUUCCAGUGCGAGGCGGGAGGAGGAGGCGAGUCCGAGGGCGACGGCAAAUUGAAAAACGAGACGGAAAAAAAGCACACCUGCCCGGACUGCGGCAGCAGCUUCCGCUCCAGGUCCCACCUGAACAAGCACGUGCAAAAGGCUCACUGCCCCCAGAAGGGCAUGCAAGCGCUGGGGGAACUGGCCCCCUUCUCCCCGCAACAGAACAUGUCCCUCCUUGAAUCUUUCGGCUUCCAGAUCGUCCAGUCCGCUUUCGCCUCCUCGCUGACCGAUCCUGAGGCCGGGCACAGCGGGAUGAACAUGGGGGGCAAGUGACUCCCCGAGAUUGACCCCCCCGUUUCAGUGAGCUGAACUGAGAGGGGGGCCUCGGUACCACCGGCACCAUUUAACUGUGCUGAUCCUGCAGGUGUUUCCAGCGAGAGGAGAGGUCUGUGCAGAACUGGCUAGAAGAGUUCAAGGGAGGCUGUGUUUAGAUCAUUUAAAACAGCCCCCUUUGAGAUGCAGAGAGAGAAGAGAGAGAUGUGUGGGAUGGCAAUGAGCUCCCAAGAGUUUCCCAGUAACCCGUCACGGGGCAACUUGGUUUUAUAUUAUAUAUAUAUAUAUAUAUCUGUUAAAACCAAAUAUAUCAAAUAUUUUCUCCUAUCAUAUAUAAGGUUACAUGUACUGUGCUGUAAUGAGAAAUGUAAUAAUCUGGAUGAUUUAUUUGUUUUUAUUUUGCCGGUGUCAGCUGAUGUAUAUUUUCUUCUUCUCCUCAUCCUCAGUACUGACCCUGGCAGUGCCCCCCCCCUCGGGUGUGUGUGCGUGCGCGUGCGUGUGCGUGCGUGUGUGUGUCCGCACUCUUACACCGACACCAGAUCAGGAGGGAUUGAAGGCUUCGUUUAUUUAAUUGUAUUUAUUCUCUUGAGUUCAGCUUUCUUCUCUAGUUGCUGUUGUGUUCCUUGGCACUGCCCCUCUCCACAGUCCUGCACCCUUGGCAGAAGUUGCCCCAGUGCUGUGCCGAGGGGCUCCCCUUUAUCAGUCACGCUGCAGAGCAGGAAUAAUCAGAUGGGGGUGCUUCCUGGACGGUUUCUAAAAUGAGCGGAGCCAGGUUUGCACUGGAGCAGUAGUUUGGUAGACAGUGCAUGGCUCGUCACGCUGACCUCAGACGCUGGCAUUGCCGGGAAAUGCCAAGAGAUCUCGCCAGACUGAGUAUUCUUUACCUCCCCAUGGCAUGUCUGUAGCGUUUGUAUUCCAGUAUAACGAGCGGAAGCUUGCAGAUUGCUUCGGAAGACUCUCCUAAUCAUUUUAUAGGAAUCCUUUCAAGUACAGUAAUGUGUAAAGUACAAUCAUCUGUAUUGUAGGAACAGUACACAUGUGUGUGAUUAUUUUUUUUUGUUUGUUUGUUGUUUAAUACAAGGGUAUUCAGAAGUAUGUUUCUGCCAGCACUGUCUGGUGAAUAGAGUCUUCUGAACUACACCCGCUCAGCAACAGUUUAGUGGAAGAUUUAGCAGAAUUUCAAACGACACGGUUGUCAAGAAAAUAUAUAUAUAUAUAUACUUUUUUUUUUAAUGUAUUGGGGAAAGUAAAAAAAAUAAUACAAAUGUGUUUUGUAUUUGUUUUUAAAUAUGGUACAUUACAUGUACUUGAGUUUUUGGUACUGGCUAUUGAAGACUGUGUGACCAGAAUGCGUCUGUAGUUUUAAAUUCGGUUUUCUGGGCAGUGAUUCGCUUUCAGGAGGUAGGAAUCAUUUUCUGCUCUCUUCUUUGGACAGGGAUUUGACACGAAUGCAAGCAGAAUGCAGAUGCGUAUAUAAGUGUACUAUUGUGCUGGCUAGCACUGAGAGCACGAUGCUGGUGUGUGCUGGAUGCGGAGGCGACGUCUCUCCUGUUCAUGAGGUUCGGAAGGUCUUUGUGAAGAUUUCCCUGUCGCAGGGAGGAAAUCCUGCUGGAAGUGUUCAAGUGUUGCGUAACAAAGAGGCGGUCUAAUACAUGUGACCGCCGUUGAUUCAGCAUGUACAGAAAUCCCUAAUGGAUUACUCCUGGGGACUGCACUGGCAGACAAGGUCUAUUUCAACAAGUAAAUGUAGUUUAGCUCUGACUUGUAAUCUUACUUGGUAAUUUCAAGUACAGGCAGGAUCCCACGUGACCCUCGUCAUGAACUUCGUAGGGUUUAUACAGCGGGGCAGAAAACAGUGGAUCUGUAUGAAUAGAAGGGUCUGACCAAUACAAUUCCAUUGAUCAGUUUGAUUGAACACAGUUUGCAUGUCUCUGAAAAUCUGUAAGUAGUAAAUAUCAGAUUGCUUUUGCAGUGGCAGGAAGUCUGAUUGGUCCGUUGGUGCAGACCCUGAAAACAGCAAUCCCAUUUAGUAAUUCAGCAGAAUUGCCCACACAGCGACUCGGGUAGCCUUCAGUACAGCGCAUUGACCCAAUCGUAACCUUCUGAAGCCAGACUCCCAUUGCAGAGCAGUUUGAUCCAUUCCUGGUUUUACUAAGAGUUUAAUAAUAAGACCUACCUCUAAUCGAGCUCAUAGUAAAACCUGGAAUUGGUGAAAAUGCUCUGCAAUAGAAGUCUUAUUUCCAUGCAUAGUCUCAGAAACUCUUGUCAGAAGGUUCAGAUUCCUACUACAGUGCAUGCAAAUAGAGAAGCCUGGGGUCUACUUGUAUGCGUUGCACAGGGUCGACUCAUACCUUGUUGCUUAGAUGCGCUUGUGUUUUUAACUGCUGUGAUGGCGAUAAGGCAGUCUUCUUUCAUGUUAUUAUUGAUUACACCUCUUUUUGUGUUUUCCUGUUUCUCUUAAAUGACGUUUAGCUUCAGGUUGGAACACAUGUCUUUAAAAUUGGGCAAAUUAACUCAAAUAAAAGGCCGUUUUCAACACGCGGCAAAACUCGGGAACGUGGAAUAUCUGCGCCCCCUGUAUACACCCCAGUUAACCCUUUCAGUAUCUCAGCACCGUUGAGAGUUCUUCUUUAAAAGUCCAGUGUCCUGUUCUCAUGUACGCUCAGUAAAGGAGUGUGAAUGCUGUGACUUCAUUUUGACAAAAAAUAAUUCAGGACUGAAAGGGUUCAUGUGUUUUUUGAAGUGUCUCAGAAGAUCGAUGUAUUUAAGUGACCUGGAGAAAGGGUCUCUUGCAGGGUACUGGGGUCUCGCUGGGUUUGAGAUCUGAACCAGCCAAUGGGCAAGGCUGCAGUAGAGCUAGAGGGAGCUGAAAGGAGCUGUGGCACAUAUGCAAGAAGCCUCGAAAUCAAGCGUUUUGUACAGCUAACACAAUGUACAUUUUGGAAAAAAAAAAAAGAUCUGAACAUGAACUUGAUUGACUGUUGAUUUACUGGGUGUUUCUGUUAAGCCAGGUUUUGAUUCUCUCCUCUUUGUUUUUGUAUUAAUCUAUACAUACCUUUUCUAGAGGUGAGUGUUGGUUUUGUACACUGUUUGAACUCGGUCGUCUCUGUAUGUUUUGAUGUACAGAGAUUGUUUGAAUUAAUAAACAAAGUGUUAAUCUGA